CAAACAACAUAACAACAGGGGCCAUUUUGCGCACUAAAGCCGCAGUGUGUAGCGGUCAACAGUGACACAAACACGGCUAGGAAGGAAGGAAGGGAGAGAGGGGGCGGGUCAGCUCCACUAAUGCGGGCUGACGUGAGCGUACAACCGGGGGCCGUGGUAGCGACGACGCCUCCACCUCCUCCUCCCCGGGCGCAGGUCCUUGUCGCCGGGUAGAGGAGGGUGAAGGAGCGGGGCGGGGCGGGGGGGCAUCGGACACUUUAACCGCAUUGCUUUCCGAGCUCACCCGGGCGACCCCCACCCCACCCACCUCGCGUGUGAGGGCUGCCCCGCCUCGGUGAAGCAAAGCGCCGAGCAGGUGGACGCCGUGUCGGUGGCUACUUUCUGGAAGAGGCUGCCAUGCUAGCGAGGAUGAGGCUGCUAUGCUAAGGAAGGUGUGUUGACCAGUUGUAAAUCUCUGAGAAGUCCUCUUCAGUAUGAAUACAGAUAGCGGAGGAUGUGCUCGCAAAAGCGUGGCCUUGUCGCUCACGCUCUCGCCCAGGAAGAGGGUCCAGAGCUCACCAAAUCUAGCCUCAGGGAGUGAUCCUCACUCGUCAGAUUUCAAUUCUUGGCGGUCAUGCAGUGCGACAGAUGGCCUUAAGAACGGAGACGCCAUCAGCUCGUCUCUCGCUGCCAAAGGCUUCCGUAGCGUCAGACCCAACCUGCAGGACAAAAAGGGGCCUUUCUCCCCUGACUCCGCAGCACGCCACUCCCCCUUCCUCAGCCACAGCUCAGAAUCCCUCGAGUACCUGUCAGGCCUAAUGUCCAAGGCCCUGUCGCCCAGCCCGUACAUUGCCAGCGACUGCGCGUCGCCCUCUGCUUCCCCCGUGACGGUGUCGGCUCUCAGCCACUACUCCACCUCCACGGCGGGCCUGCUGGACGAGCUGCAGAUCUUAAGCCUGGACUCGCCCGGCGACUCGCCCACGCCGUCGCCCACCCUCAGCCAUGUCUCCGCUGCCGCUGCUGCUGCCGCUGGCCUCGAUGAUGCGCUAACAGCCGCCGCAACAGCCACUGUCACUAACGGCCAGGUGCUGUCCCACGCCAUGAACGGGGGCACCGGUCACGCCCAGAGACCCCUCUCCCCGCCGUCUUACCCGCCUCCGCCCGCCUCACUCCGCACGAGCCUCCUGAGACCGAGUCGGAGCUCAGAAGGCAGCGAGUCGUUCACCAGAGAGUCGGUGGUGUCGGGCCUCACCAGCGUCGGCUACACAGUACCCCUCGCCCGCUUCUCGGAGGAAGAGAAGAAAGUGUCCGUCAUCAAAGCCCCCCAUUAUGAAGGCAUCGGACCUGUGGAUGAGUCCGGCAUCCCUAUCGCCAUCCGCACGACGGUGGACAGACCCAAGGACUGGUACAAGACCAUGUUCAAGCAGAUCCACAAGGUGCACAAAGCAGAUGAUGACUAUUCUGACACCUACAGUGCAACGUAUGCCGUCAUCAAUAAUGAUGACUACAGCGUGCCCCCCAGCGCCACCACGUCCCACCCGGCCCCAAGGACUCACACGUACAGACCUCUCUCCAAGAGCCUCUCGGACAACGGCGGCCACCUCUCCGCCCGGGAUCCUUCUCCGUCCCCCGUACCUCCGCCGCCGCCGCCGCCUAUGCCCUCGCUGCUCCAGCUGAGGGCCCGAGACAGUGACAGAGACACGCCAGAUAUGAAUGAAUGGGGUCCACCGGACAGGAGAGUGGACACGCGGAAGUAUCGAGCCGAGCCUCGCAGUAUUUUUGAAUAUGAGCCCGGGAAGUCUUCGAUUUUAGAGCAAGACAGACCUACCUAUGAUGACAUAGAUUUAGAGAACGAGCCUUGGUAUAAGUUCUUUUCCGAGCUGGAGUUUGGCCGUCCGCCUCCUAAAAAACGACUGGAUUAUAAUCCAGACAUCUCGGCACGCCAGCGCAUUGAGGCGUCGCUGCUCCUCGCCCCCGCCGACAAGCCCCCCGAGAGACCUGCGAGUGCUGCCAGCGACUACAGGAAGAGAAGGAAGUCCGAGCCGACGAGCUCCCAAGCAAACGCUCCGUCCUCACAGAGCCGAGUCGUGACGUCGCCCAAAACGCCAGACGCCAACAGACCCAGCAACACCCUGAAGAAACCUGUCAUUCGUUCUUCGCCAUCCUCGCCCUCCAGAGCCAAAGGUGGGGCCGCAUGCGUCAUGUAUUCAAACACUUUGACCUCUCCGGGUCCUUGCCAGAACUCCUCUCUGCCCCCCCUCCUCCCCUCUGAUCCCGCGGGCCCGGGAGGCAGCCCCUCCUCCGGACAGUAUAGCUCCUGGCAUUCGAGGCACCGGGAUGCGGAGGAGGCGCUGCCUCCCGCUGGCAAGCUCAGGUCUCGCAGCUGCGACGACCUGCUGAACGACGAGGGGUCAAGCAGGCGGCGCGCCUGCCGCUCAGAAAGUGCCGGGUCGCUGCUGUGCGAUGGUAACAACUCGGAUUCUAACGGGUCCGCCUCUGUCGGCUCGGCGCCUCGACUCCACAGGCGCCUCCCGCGCGACUCUCCGGACUUUUUGAAGCUUUACCGCAAGAUGCAUCACAUCGACAGAGCCCAUCUGAUCCCCUCUGAGGUCAUCCGCUCAGUGCGUGCACGAAUCCUGGAGCUGGAGCAGCAGCCUCACCUGCAUCUGCACCGCCUCUCUCCUUGGUCGCCCUCCGGCGGCAAAGAGGUGCCCCACGAUACGGUGCCGAACCGCAUUUCCGAAUACGAGCGCCUUAUCCAGAAGUCCAAAUCGAUGCCCAACUUGGGGGACAGCGAGAUGCCGUCAGGCGCUACGACGCCAGGUGGUUCGUCAUCUCGAGCUAGCAGCGGUGGCGGUGGCACCCCAAAUUUCCCAAAGCGGCGUUUCUCCAUAGAGUCCCUGUUGGAGGAAGACGACAACGGCAACAGACCGGUACCUCACGCCGUGGAUCACUCACAAAAGCCUCGAAUCCCCCCAGAGGGACAACCUCGUGUUGGCCCGGAGCCCAACCGUCUGCGCUCUUAUCUGGCUCCUCCUGUCCCUCGAGCUCCGCAAGCCAACCCCGACUACUCUGACAGCGAGCAGGACGCCAUCGCCUCAGACCUCAGUGACUUCAUUCAGGUGGAGGGGUCCUCGUUUUGCAGUGAGAGUGACUUUGACCACUGCUCACUCACCUCCUCGGAGAGCCUGUAUGGCUCCAACACGCACCACCGCCGACACCACCAUCACCACCAAAGUGUUGGCCAGAACCAGGGCUACCAACAUCGACACCUCAUCAGCUCCUGCAAAGGCCGCUGCCCCGCCUCCUACACCCGCUUCACCACCAUGCUCCGCCACGAGAGAGAGAGAGCACGCCAGGACUGCCAGAGACCUUUGCCGCAGAGUCGCGGCAGCCGCUCCCAAGUCCAAAACCAAUCCCAGCAGUCGAUGUCCAAACUGGCCUUCUUGGUCAGCCCAGUGCCUUUCCACAAGAAAAAGGGCUCGCCGCCUAGCUGCAGGAGAAGCAACAGCAGCGGUGGCGGCGGAGGUCGGGGUAGCAGACCCAAGUCCAAACAGGCCAUCUACGAAGCGCUAGACGCCGCCCUGAGAGACAUCUACGAGCACAUCCAGGCCGAGAGAGGCCACAGAGGCUCCAGGCCGCCCGACGACAGCAUCCUGAGGAGAAUACUUUCCGAACUGCUGCCAAGCGUACCGGAACGGAGCUCCUCGUUGCCGGGGAGGAGGGGCUGUUGGCACGAGGGCCGCUCACCUGCCACGCCGUACGCAGACGAGAGCCUGACGGGAUACGCCUCGUACAGGGGCGAUCCGCCCACGCCGCAGUUGCAGUCGCCACGGAUGCAGUCGCCAGUCAGUGCCUGUUACGCACGCCACCUGGACGCCACCAACUGUAACGAUUACGGGGAGGAGCGCGGCAAUGGGAAUGGUCUCUGUUACUCAGACCAGGAUGUCCCCAGGAGUUAUUCUGCCGUGGAUGGACGACACACGCCCCAGAGUAGAAGAGCAACUCCCGACAGAGAGGUUUCCCACAAACAGAUGACACAACUCAUUCUGUUCUCUCUCCUCCAUCAGAAGCAGCCCGCCAGAGCCAUUUACGAUUUUAAGGCCCAGACGGCUAAGGAGCUGACGUUCAAAAAGGGCGACGCCGUGAACAUCAUCAGGCAGAUCGACAACAACUGGUAUGAAGGCGAGCACCGCGGCCGCGUGGGAAUCCUCCCCAUAUCUUACGUGGAGAGGAUGGCGUCCUCGGAGAAGCAGCAGCAGCCCAGCCGCCCUCCUCCGCCCGCGCACGUCCGAGAGAUCGGCGAAGCGGUGGCUCGCUAUAACUUCAAUGCAGACACCAACGUGGAGCUGUCUCUCCGCAAGGGCGAAAGGAUCAUCGUGCUCAGGCAGGUGGACCAGAACUGGUACGAGGGCAAGAUCCCGGACACAAGCAAACAGGGCAUCUUCCCCGUGGCCUACGUCGACCUCAUCAAGCGCUCGCCCUCCAAGAGCCCCGCCCACCACCUGGACCGCCACGGUUACAGCCGGACGCCGAGCUCCACCCCCGUCAAGAGGUUAGUCCAGGAUGCUCUUCAUGGCGGAGGAGACCCCUUCCAGGUGGUUUACAACUACGUGCCUCGCAACGAGGACGAGCUCGAGCUGAGGGAGGGCGACAUCGUGGACGUGAUGGAGAAGUGUGACGACGGCUGGUUUGUCGGGACGUCCCGGAGAAGCAAGCUGUUUGGAACCUUUCCGGGAAACUACGUCAAGCAUCUACCGUGAACAAUUCCCACGCCUCCCUCGCUAUCGACGCCUUUUUUACCCAGCAUCCCACUCAGCACAGCAGGAGAGGUCACCUGUCGACACCUGCCGCACAUGUGUGUGUGUGUGUGUGUGUGUGUGUGUGUGUGUGUGUGUGUGUGUGUGUGUGUGUGUGUGUGUGUGUGUGUGUGUGUGUGUGUGAGACUGUUUGUGUGUUCAGCGCUCACUAGCCAUCUUUAACAGACCUCGGUAAAACAAUUAACUUUUUUUUAUAUAUCUAUAUCUUUAUACGCUUAUUUUUCUAUCACGCAAAAAUACGCUUUUGCCGCAAAGUAAUGGGUAAUCAAAACCUUUUGUUUCUGUUUUUUUUUUUUUUUUUUUGCAUGUUAGACUUUUGUUUCUCACCCCAAAGACAUUCAGGCCGACGAGUUGUUACAGGGUGACGCGUAAAAAAUGUUAAUGUAAAUACAGUAAGACCCCACCAUUCGCUGAUGUAAACAUAACGGACACACGAUAAAACAUAAACAUUUUUAUAAAAACGCCUAUUAUUUUAGGGAUGUGAAGCUUUGGGCACCUAACUAUUCGGUCCGAUUCCGAUUCCUGGAGUGACGAUUCGAUUCAGAAUCGAUUCUCAAUUCAAACGUAUUAUUUGGUGUAAUAAUUCAAAUGAAACUUUUUCAAAACAGGUUACAAGUUAGAAAAGCUCUUUCUGGUUGCAUGGAGGUGGACUAAAAAAAGGUAUUUUUAAAAAUGUAUUCUUAUAAAAAAAAAUUUAAAAAAAAGGAUAUUUGUUUUAAAUAUAUUUUUGAAAAUUAGGUAUUGAUUAAGAAUCGGGAUCAAUCAGAAUCGCAACUCAGAUGUCGAUUGAUAUUUUUGUGCACCCCUAGUAACUAAUAGGGUGUGAAUCUUUGGCCACCUAACCAUUCGAUCCAAUUUCUGGAGUGACGAUUUGAUUCAGAAUCGCUUCUCUAUUCAAAGCGAUUCUUGCAACAUAUUAUUUGGUACUAGAAUUAAAAUCGAAACUUUCAAAACAGAUUACAGGUUAGAAAAGCUCUUUCUGGUUGCAUGGAGGUGGCCUAAACACGUUUUUUUUAAAACUGAUUCUUAUAAGGCCCAAGCUGUUUGUUUACAUGCUUUUUUUAUUUCUCUUUGCUAUUUGGGUUUAUUGGACCCUAAUUAGAAUACAAACUAAAAAUCAUCUUUUGAUAUGAUGUACUUAGUCCAUAAGUACACAAAAGUGUACUUCAUGUGUAGUGACAAAUUCCAUUGUAUGUUAUACUCUUCUGACACCACCAGAUGGCAGUAUAAGUGUCCAUAUGUCGGCAUAAGACCCCAAUUCAGUAGUGUACACAAUUUUGGAAAUAAGAGCCAAAAGGUGCUGUCCACGCAUGUGGCCACUAAGCCUUUAGAGGUUUAAUUAAGCUUUUUUUUUUAUAUCGAGUUUUGGGGAAUGUAUUAAUCGAUUUAGAAUCGAGAUGAAUAACAAUCGCAAUUUGGAUAUGAAUUUUUGUGCACCCCUAUUAUUUUUGGUAAAGCCUAUAACGGUGGUUCUCAACCCUUUUUCACCUGAGAAAACACUUGGCUCUCCAAGUACCACCAUAAUGACCAACAUUAAAAUACAGUAGCAUAGCAGGCCUAAGUAUUAAGGGUGUCAUAGAAAAAAAUAGAUUUUCAAAUGAGUCACAAUUUUUAUUUGUAACGAUUCUUAAUCGAUUGAAAAAAUCUCAAAUCAAAACAAAACCUUUUUUUUAAGUAAUAUAAAAAGAUUUCAGAGCUGUUAUGGAGUAAUUUUAUUAAUCAUAGAACUGGCGCCCAAUGUUAUUAAAAAGUAUUGAUUUUGAAUCGAGAAUUGUUUUGAAUCGAGAAUCGGUUCUGAAUCGUUACCCCACAAGAAUUGAAUCGAAUCGUGUGGUGCCCAAAGAUUCACAGCUCUACUAAGUAUUCAUUAAAACAAAUGCGCAGGUUACACACAGUUUGAACAGUCACACUGUGUCUGAAUGUAGUAAUAUACAACACUGUACUUUAAUCAGGUCAUUCUUUGGCGUACCACAGUUUGAGGAUCACUGGACUAGAGAAGCUCCUUCUGGUUGCAUGCCGAUGGCUUAAAAACGUUGUUUUAAAAAUGUAUUCUUAUAAAUUCAAAAAUUAAUAAUUUUUUAAAACUAUGAAUUGAUUUAGAGUCAGGGUGAAUAGGGACUUGCAUUUUGGAUAUGGGUAAAAAAUAAUUGUGCACCUGCACUAUUUUUGGUCAGGCCUAUAAUAUGCCUCUUGCUUAUGAAAACAUCUGUUUAAAAU